AUGAAGAUGCCAAAUUUCAGACCACAUUCCUUUCAUCUGCGGCUCCAGGGUGAAUCUUCAAUCUGGAUCAACGAUGACAUCCGACCCCUCCCUCCUUCACGCCGCCUUUGGGACACAUGGGCAUACAUCUCAUUCUGGGCCAUCAAUCAGAUCGCCCUGAGUAACUGGCAGCUUGGAGCAUCUCUCAUUGCAGUCGGUUUGUCCGUCUGGCAGACCAUGAUCGCAGUAAUCAUCGGCAAGCUCAUAAUCGCUGGAGUCGCAAUAUGUAAUGGAAUGAUCGGUGCGACCUGGCAUAUUGGGUUCCCAGUUAUGUCGCGUGGAAUAUGGGGUGUCUGGGGAUCUUAUCUCAUCAUCAUCCAGCGGAUCGUUCUGAGUCUAACCUGGUUCUGCGUACAAUCCUGGACGGGUGGUCUCUGUGUCACUGCAGUUCUCAGCUCCAUAUUCUCCUCCUUCCAGCACAUGAAGAACACCCUGCCUGCAUCAGCAAACACCGACACAAAAUCAUUGACUGGCUGGAUAGUCUACAACAUUAUCACGAUACCCAUGCUCUAUAUACCCCCAGAGAAGACCCGACGAUUACUGUUCAUCAUGAACUUGAUCUCUGUUACCACCCUCAUCUCAAUGAUGAUAUACGUCCUGUCUACUGCUAAGGGCGGCGGUCCACUGUUGUCGGCGCCUGCGGCAGCACAAUCAGGCAGUGAAUUGGGCUGGGCCAUCGUGCAAGGUAUAACGACAGUGAUUGGGGGUAUUGCGGUGGGACUCACAAACCAAACCGACUAUUCUCGCUUCGCUCGCCGACCAGGCGACCAGAUUUUUGGCCAGUGGUUCUCCAUCCUUACCUUGGGCACAAUCUUGCCGCUGUUUGGAUGUCUCACGAGCUCAGCUUCCAUCAAACUGUACGGCCAGGCUUACUGGAACCCACCUGAUCUACUCCUCCGCUGGCUUGAUGAUGACUAUAAUUCUAAGUCUCGGGCGGCGGCCUUCUUUGGUGGCUGUGGCCUUGUGGUCUGCCAGCUCGCGAUCAACACCAUCGACAACGCAUUUUCUGCUGGAAUGGACAUGGCUGGUUUGUUGCCAAAGUACUUCAACAUCAGGCGAGGAUCCUACCUGGCACUCAUCCUCUCUAUUGCCAUGUGCCCAUGGGAGCUGCUUGCCUCGGCCGGGACUUUCAUCAGUGUUAUGGGCGCUUACUCUGUCUUCCUCGGACCCAUGUGUGGCAUCCAGAUCUGCGACUAUUUCCUGGUCCGCUCCCGCCGGAUAAAGUUGUCGGACCUUUACCGGCCCUCCCCAUCGGGCAUCUACUAUUACUUCCACGGCGUCAACCCGCGCGCAUUUGUGGCAUGGGUAUGUGGCUGGGCUCCUCAACUACCUGGAUUCAUUGCCUAUGUCAAUCCGAGCGUGAGCGUGCCGAAGGCUUGUACGGACAUGUUUUAUCUCGCCUUUCCAUUGGGGCUGGCCAUCAGCUUCACGCUCUACCUUGGACUCAACAAGGUGUUCCCUCCCAAGGGUCUGGGCGAGUACGACGACGUCGAUUACUAUGGCACUUUCACUAGCGACGAAGCUGCCAAGCUUGGAGUCUCGCUUUUGGAAGAAACACAGGGCGAGGAGAAGGCCGAGCAGUUUGGCUAUCCUGCGAACCAGAAGGAUGUGGAGACGGAUAUCUACGAAACAAAGUUUUAG